UGAAGCUCGGACUCACAUGUGAAUCGUUCUCCUGUGUUGAUGCCGGGACCAGCGCUUCUCCCGUCAGCCUCCUGUCCGUGUCUUCUGUGGCUUUUCGCCGUGAUUGGCUCGCACACCGGCGCCUGAAUGCAUCACAGGGACGAGUGACAUUAUUAACAGUACACACUCAAACACACACACACGGCCACCCUGAAAGAUGUCUGGGACAGCGACCACAUCUGCGACCGCGCAGUCCGCCAAAAUGAAAAAGGACGAAUCUUUCCUGGGGAAAUUAGGAGGUACCCUGGUGCGGAAGAAGAAGUCUAAAGAAGUGAGUGAUCUCCAUGAAGAGGGGAAGAAGGCAAUCAAUGCUCCCAUGCUCCCCACCGGGACAGACAUCCAUCCCGAGGACACACUGCUGGAGGAAAACGCUGAGAGGAUCAUGUUGGACCCAACAUCGCGGGAGAAUCUUAAAUUUAAAGAUCUGCUGAAGGUCCUGAUCGACUGGAUCAACAGUGAGUUGGAAGAAGAGAGGAUCAUAGUCAAAGACCUGGAGGAGGACUGUUACGAUGGACAAGUGCUCCAGAAGUUAUUCGAGAAGUUGUCGGGCAGGAAGCUGAACGUGGCCGAGGUGACCCAGUCUGAGAUCGGCCAGAAGCAAAAGCUUCAGACGGUUUUGGAGGCUGUUAACGAAAUGCUGAGGCCUCACGGCUGGACUAUCGAGUGGAGUGUAGACUCGAUCCAUUCAAAGAACCUGGUGGCUAUUGUCUAUCUGCUGGUGGCUCUCGCUAUGCACUUCCAGGCCCCCAUCAGACUGCCUGAGCAUGUCUCUGUACAGGUGGUGGUGGUCAAGAAACGAGAGGGCAUCCUGCAGACUGCUCUAGUGACCAAAGAGCUGACGAGCACCACAGAAAUGAUGAUGGGAAGAUUUGAGAGGGACGCAUUUGACACUUUGAUGGAUCAUGCACCUGAUAAGCUCAACGUGGUAAAAACGUCGCUCAUCACCUUUGUGAACAAACACCUGAACAAGCUGAACCUGGAAGUUACUGAGCUGGAAUCUCAGUUUGCUGAUGGAGUGUACCUGAUAUUGCUGAUGGGGUUGCUGGAAGACUACUUUGUCCCUCUGUACAACUUCUUCCUCACCCCUGAGAGCUUUGAACAGAAGGUCCACAAUGUGGCGUUUGCCUUUGAGUUGAUGCAGGACGGAGGCCUGAAGAAACCCAAGGCCAGACCAGAAGAUGUUGUCAACCUGAACCUCAAGUCCACCCUCAGAGUUCUCUACAACCUGUUCACCAACUACAAAAACACUGAGUGAACUUUUCCAGUUCACUCAGUGUUCACUCAGCUGAUAUUACUCUGAAUUCUGUGCCUCUGCUGAUAUGCAUUUCAUUCUGGACACUGUAGGAGACCAACUGGGACUGAAAGUCAUUAUGCGGGACUUAAAAAGAACCAGGGGGAGUAGCCUGAAAAAGGCUCUGAAUGUUAGUGUUUAAUCUUCCCCAAAUGUCAGUAUAUUUAUUUAUUAUUUCCUCGAAUGUUGCAACCCAGGAAACCCUUCAACCUUCAUCCCUGCAUUUGAAUACACAGCUGUCACAGGAAAAAUGUGGUGAAUGGUAAUACUGGAAAACAUUAGUGUCAAACUCAGUCGCAUAUAUUCCUCCAGAUUAUUUAAGAAAGUUGAAAAUGCUGUUACAUAUUAUUUAGUAUCUAAAAGUGCUUUGUAUAGGUAUUAAAAGAAUAGUUUGACAUUU